AUGUCUGGUAGUAUGUCGUCGCCCUUUGUGGAUAGUCCCUCACGACGGACGGGUAUUUCACAAGAGUAUGAACUUGAGAAUGCGAAAAUUGAUACGCAAUUAGAGAUUUCCAAGUUACAAUUCCAAUUAUCAUCGAUGAAGGCUGAAAAGAAGCUCUGGCAGCAAGAACGGGAUUCUAUAACUUGCAAAUAUGAGGAAACUAUCAAGGCGAAAAACAGCGAGAUAAAGAAAUUGAAGUUGAACUCGGACUUUCUUUUCAAAGAGAAUCAGCAACUUGAGUCCAAAGUUCAAAACUCAACCGAAAUCUCCAAUAGUAAAGUUGAUCAACUUGGUGAAAAAUGCCGGAAUUUGGAAUUGAAGAAUAAGGAAUUGGAGUCCAAGUAUCAGAAUUUGGUGGAUAAGAACGACAGGUUGAUACGCAAACACAAGCAAGUGUCUAUCGACUGGAACGCCCAAAUUCUGCUUAAUGACGAAUUAUCGAAAGCUUUGCAAACUAAACAAAAGACGAUUGAAACUCUUCAACAAUCGAAUCAAGACUUUGUCGACAAACUAGAACAAUACACAAAGUUUUUCCAACAAGAUGACUCUCUAAACAAAAUCAAUCAAAGUUUAAUGAGCCAAAACGAGCAUCUACAACAUACAAAUAAUCAGUUGCAAUUAAAAAUAGAUCAGUUACUACAAAACAAGACUUCAUCUCAACUACUACAGCAAAAAAACAUUAGCUUAACCAAUAAGCUUUCCGAGUUUCAAGAAAUGCGUGUUAAAUGCUGUAAAUUGGAAAUAGAAAAAGCCGAGCUUGAAGCAAAAUAUAACGAGCAUUUCAAUACUUUGGCUGCAGCAAUUGUUGAUAACGACGCAAACCAAGCCUCUACUCAGGAUGAAGACAUUACCAAAUCAAUAAAAGUACAAAAGUUCAUAAGCACUUUUAAGGAUCUCCAGGUUCGAAACUCAACUUUGCAAGAAAAAUACGAUUCUAAAGUCAUUGAAGUAAACGAUUUGAAGCAAGAGCUUGAAGACGUAAUCGUGGAGAUUGAAAAGGAGUAUUUACCAACAAUUUCCAGCUUGCAGGAAAAACUAAAAGUUUUGUCAAAUAAGGUGGUGGGUUUAGAAAGAGCAAGGAUGUUGGCGGGAAAGGAAAUAGAAAAUUUGAGAUCACUGUUGAAGGGAAUGGAAGAUCUUUACAAAUCAGAAGAACCUGACCAAGGAAACAAGCAAAUGGCUCAGUACGUUACAAAUCUCGAGAAUAUUGUAGACGAAUACAAGCGCAAAAUCGACGAAUUAGAAUCAAGAAAUCAUUCACAGUUGGAACCACUGACAGUGGCUACUACUAAUAGUAAUAGUAAUAGUAAUAAAAGACUUCAUCCUGAAGGACACUCCUUCCGAAAGACAGCAUUAGAUUUGGAAAAGGAAAAUUUUCAACUUACUUCUAACUUGAAAAAAAUUGAGUUGGAGAACAAGCACUUGAAAGAAUUGGUGUCAUCGAAACAAAACAUUGAUGCAAAACGGGAGCAAAUGAAGAUUUUGGAACUAAAAAAUAAUUUACUUGCAAAGGACCAAUUCGUUAAACAAGAAACACUUGAUGCUCUACGCAAAGAAAAUGAAAGUUUGAUCAGUGAGUAUAUUUCGAAAAAGUCAAACAACGAGCUCAUUCCAAAGGCCCUCUUUGAAAGGCAAGAAGAUGAUAAAUCCAACCUUCAACGAAAAAUUGACGAAUUGGCAAAGAGAUUACAAAGAUUGAGAGAAAUGUACGCGUCAAAGUCUAGGGAUAUUCUUGUAGUUAUCUCAAAGUACUUUGGUUAUUCGCUUGAAUUCCUACCAAGCACCUUAAAUCCAAACGAGCUAUCAUCCAGGUUAAAGUUGGUUUCCAAAUAUAUGCCUAAGGAAAAAAAUUCUUAUCUUAUUAUAGACAUUGAUAAUAAGUCUUUGAAAGCAUAUGGAGAUUACGAGUUUAAGGUUCUAUGUGAAGAGGCUGCUAACCAAUGGGUUUCAAAAGGUCAGUUCCCAUGUCUACUAAGUUCAUUAAAUUUAAAAUUAUACAGCAUAAACACUCAAAAUAAAUAG